CGCACAUUCUCCAGUUCGCCUUCUGCCCGUCUGCCGGCCACAAGUGCCAGCUCUCGUUCCGCUCGCUCAUCACACGGCUGCCGCCCGUCGACGACGUCGCUACUCGUACGCUCCGUGACCACCGACGCCGCCGCCGCCCCGCCCCGCGCCCACUGUGAGAGCGCGCGCGUGUGUAAUUGAUUCCAUAAUCUGUCCCAGUCUAAUUUCGCGCGCCCGUCCGUGUGCGUCGUCGUGUCCGUCCGUCUUGGUGUCUUGCGUCGCGUUGUUUUCGCGUCUCCGCGCCACCGACCGCCAAAAAUCGCAUACGACUAUUUUAUUGAUAUUGAUAAUUUUUUUUUUUUGUCAACCGUGCGUUGGUUUAUGUGCUGCGGUGUUUGAAUAAUUAUUUUUUGCGAAAAAUAUUAUUUUUUUUCCGACUACUAGCGAUUGUGCGUGAUUUUUUUUUUUUCAAUUAUCCAAUCAAUUAUUGGUUAUACCCGGUUCGUACCGAGAUCGUUGACGACAUUAAUGGUGCACAUCUGUUCCGGACACAUUUUCGGAUUACCGUUCUUCCGCUCCGGAUUCACCGAAUGAUAUGCUAUUGGUGAAUCACGUCAAAUGCUUGUGGAAAUGAGACCCGUUGAGUCCAGCGAGAACAUAACGAUCAUGGACGAGAUCGACGAGCUGUUAGGCACCCGGAGGAGUUACGGCUGGAACUCGGGUUCGCGGCCAUCGAUGAUCAGUGCCAAGUACCGGCUGAAGGAAGAGCGGCGAAAGGUGCUCAAGAUAUCUGUGAACAAGAUGAAGAAGAUCGACGACGCCGAGAGCUCGUUGUGCCGGUCCGUGUUGAUCAACAACACGGUGAAAAGGCUGCAGGCCGAGACCAGGGACGACCGGACCACGGGACGGACGUCGCCCGCCUCGCCACCUUCGCCGACGUCCGCCGGUUACGGUUACCACAGUCCUCAGCAGUCGCAACCCUGCGGCGGCCAGGGCGGUAAUCCACAGCUCGUGGAUAUCACCAACCUCAGGGAAUCGUCCUGCACCAACGGCACCGGCGGCGUCGGAGUUGGCGGUAACCCGGUCACGGUCGGCAAGACCCUGGCCAACAACAACAACAACAACAAUACAAGCAGCAACAACAACAAUAAACCACUGACAGAAGCGCAGUCGUUGUUGGCGGCCGACCACCACCAUCACCACCACCACCUACUACACCACCACCAUUUACAACACCACCACCACAACAAUAACCACCAUCACCACCACCACCAUCAACAACUACAACAGCAACAACACCACCAACACCUACACCAUCACCACCACCAACAGCAGCAGCAGCAGCAGCAGCAGUCGUCGUCUGUGACCGCGCCCGGUGGACCGUUGCCGUAUGGGUACGAUGACGAAGUGGACGACGAAGAUGUUGACGAUGAAGAAGUGGACGAUGACGACGUGGAUGACGACACGAUCGCAUCCAUAAUGAUGCAUCUACCAUCGUCGUCACCUCGUGGCAAGCGGAAGCGGUGCGUGGACGAACCACUCGACGAUUUGCUGUCGCAGUUCAUCAACAACAACCAACGUGAGGACGAGGAUGUAAACGUGGUGGACCUAGACCUGCACGAGUAUCCGGCAGCCAAAAGACUGAGAACGGAUGAGGCAGCCGCCGCAGCGGCCGCGGCCGCAGUUGCUGCCGUCGUGGCGGGCACCACUCCGUCAGCAGCAGACGCCACGCCGUUGGCCACCGACCUGUGUUCGCCCGACUGUUGGUCGCUGAUGGACGCGUGUUGCGACGACUCUCUCGACCUGUACGGCGGCCAGGUGCCGGCCGCGGUCGAACAUCAGGACGUGCUGCUGCAGCCGACCUCCGUCACCGCCGCAUCAGUAGACUGUUGUUCGUCGCUGUCGCUACCGCCUCCACCCCCGUCACUCGACGAACAGCAUCACCAUUACGGCGUGAGUGCAUCGUCGUCGUCGGCCACCGGGUCCACGUCGCCAACGAACCUGUCGUGCGGACAGGCGUCCAUGUUCAGCGAGAUGCAGUCGGCAAUGUUCCGCAACCUGAUCGCCUCGCUCGAGUCUUAACCGCCAUCGCUGUCGUCACCCGACGACCGGGAAGGUGGUCGACAAACCUAAACAAAAACGUAUAUUUUUGUUUUCACUUAUACGACUGUCUCCUAAAGUAUAUAUAUUUUAUUUCAUUUAAUUGAGUACACACCCGUCUUUACGACACGUGUGUGCGGUGUACGUCUUAUCCUUUUACUACGUUUUUAUGCACAUGAUCACGUGCGAUAUGUGUUAUUAUUUUAUAUGCAGUCCGGGAGACUUA